AAAUCGAAGGAAAGAAACUGCCGGCUUUCAAAAAUCCUCCUCCGCCGCCAUAAUCGCUGGGGAUCGUGGAGCAGGUGGUGUGCACGAGCCAAACGAGGAGCCGGGGCAACAAGGAGAGACAAGCAGACUGGUCAUUGGGCCUGGCCCUCACGCGGACUCUCAAGCAGUGACCGACGCGCGCGUUUCGUCCCCCCACGCGGCGGUGCCGCUAAUUUGUGGCCGUCUGCUGACCUUGGAUAGCUCAGUACCAUCCCUGUUUUGCUUUGUUUACAGACCUGCAGGGGAGCCCACCGUUGCAGUCAUGGCCUCUGAAGACAUUGCCAAACUGGCAGAGACCCUGGCUAAAACUCAGGUAGCUGGAGGACAGCUGAGUUUUAAGGGCAAGGGUCUCAAACUAAAUACUGCAGAAGAUGCUAAAGAUGUGAUUAAGGAGAUUGAAGAGUUUGAUGGCCUCGAAGCUCUACGGUUGGAGGGCAACACGGUGGGCGUGGAAGCAGCCAGAGUCAUCGCCAAGGCCUUAGAGAAGAAGGCCGAGCUGAAGCGAUGCCACUGGAGUGACAUGUUCACCGGAAGGCUUCGGUCUGAGAUCCCACCAGCUCUGAUCUCACUAGGGGAGGGACUCAUCACUGCAGGAGCACAGCUGGUGGAACUGGACCUCAGUGACAACGCAUUUGGACCCGAUGGAGUACGAGGCUUCGAGGCCCUCCUCAAGAGCCCAGCCUGCUUCACCCUACAGGAACUCAAGCUUAACAACUGUGGCAUGGGCAUCGGGGGUGGCAAGAUUCUGGCAGCCGCUCUGACUGAGUGUCACCGAAAGUCCAGUGCCCAAGGCAAGCCCCUGGCCCUGAAGGUGUUUGUGGCUGGCAGAAAUCGCCUGGAGAAUGACGGAGCCACUGCACUGGCAGAAGCUUUUGGGAUCAUCGGGACUCUGGAAGAGGUGCAUAUGCCACAGAACGGAAUUAACCAUCCUGGUGUCACAGCCCUGGCCCAGGCAUUUGCCAUCAACCCCCUGUUGCGAGUCAUCAACCUAAAUGACAACACCUUCACUGAGAAGGGUGGAGUGGCCAUGGCUGAGACUCUGAAGACUCUGCGACAAGUGGAAGUGAUCAAUUUUGGAGACUGCCUGGUGCGCUCUAAGGGUGCCCUUGCCAUCGCAGAUGCUGUCCGUGGGGGCCUGCCCAAGCUAAAGGAGCUGAACCUGUCGUUCUGCGAAAUCAAGAGAGAUGCUGCCCUGGUUGUUGCCGAGGCUGUGGCUGACAAGGCUGAGCUGGAGAAGCUGGACCUCAAUGGCAAUGCCCUCGGAGAAGAGGGCUGUGAGCAACUUCAGGAGGUGCUGGACAGCUUCAAUAUGGCCAAGGUGCUGGCAUCCCUCAGUGAUGAUGAGGGAGAGGAUGAAGAUGAGGAAGAAGGAGAAGAGGAUGAGGAGGAGGAUGAAGAUGAAGAGGAUGAAGAAGAAGAAGAUGAUGAGGAGGAGGAGGAGCAGGAGGAAGAGGAAGAGCCUCCGCAGCGAGGGUCAGGGGAGGAACCGACUACACCCCCGAGGAAGAUCCUGGACCCUAACAGUGGGGAGCCAGCUCCCGUGCUGUCCUCCCCGACUCCCACAGACCUCUCCACCUUCCUGUCAUUCCCCUCCCCAGAGAAGCUGCUGCGUCUGGGUCCCAAGGUCUCAGUGCUGAUAGUCCAGCAGACUGAUACCUCCGACCCAGAGAAGGUUGUUUCAGCCUUCCUGAAGGUGGCAUCUGUGUUCAGGGACGAAGCCUCAGUAAAGACCGCAGUGCUGGAUGCCAUUGAUGCCCUCAUGAAGAAGGCCUUCAGCUCCUCCUCUUUCAAUUCCAACACCUUCCUUACCAGGCUGCUCAUCCACAUGGGCCUGCUCAAGAGUGAAGACAAGAUCAAGGCCAUACCCAGCCUGCAUGGCCCCCUGAUGGUGUUGAACCACGUGGUGAAACAGGACUAUUUCCCCAAGGCCCUUGCACCCCUGCUCUUGGCAUUUGUGACAAAGCCCAAUGGUGCACUGGAAACCUGCUCCUUUGCCCGCCACAAUCUGCUGCAGACGCUAUACAACAUCUAGAUUUAAAGGCAGCUGCUUCUUGUCCCUCGCCCUACCCUAGUGACUGGGGGUCUUGGAUGGACUGAGCUCAGCCAGCAUCUCCAUUGAAUAUUUUGACCAGAGGCAGGGGAGGGUCUUGUCUCCUGUGACAUGUUGGUUUGGUGUGUGUGUGUGUGGGUAUGUACUUCCUGUCUGGAUUGCAGAUCUUCAUCUCCCUGCUGGACUAACCCAGGUCCACUGUGGGGAAUUGAUGCCUAGGGGAAGGGUAGAAAGCUGCUUUGUUAUUAAACAUAGGCCAACUUAGCCAUAGGCCCCGUUGGCUGUCCUGUCUGCCCUGCCUUCCUGUCCCACCAAAGCCUGGGGAAUUCUGUCUGUGCUGUGUCCACCGUGCCUAAAUAACAGGCUGUCAGAGAUGGGCUAUCAUUAGAAAGUGAAACUCAGCCGGGCAUGGUGGCACACGCCUUUAAUCCCAGCACUUGGGAGGCAGAGGCAGGCGGAUUUCUGAGUUCGAGGCCAGCCUGGUCUACAGAGUGAGUUCCAGGACAGCCAGGGCUAUACAGAGGAACCCUGUCUCAAAAAACAAAAAAACCCUCUGGCCUUAACCAUGUGACUUGGAGGAGCAGCCAGGAGAGUGGGAGCUGUCUGGGUACCCUGGCUCUUGGACCCAGUGGAAAAAGCACCUUGGCUGGCCCAGCCCUGUUCUUCAUCCUGGGGAGGGAAGGGCAGGUCCCCUAAUGCCUGAACCACAUGUUGGGCCUACUCUCUGGGGGUUUUCUAAGACAGGAGUGUGUAAUGGGGAUGGAGCCAGGUAAGAGAUGCUCUGUGACUUCCCAAGUGGCUGCUUGGCCACCUCCCACUUCCCGUUGUGUUGUGUGUCUGGGCUGUGCCUGGGAGCUUCACAAAUAAACGUGAUCUGUGUAGCUGCA